AUGCUGAGACGCGCCUGGAAGCCAGUCGCAGCCCUAACAGGUAUCGCCGGAACAUCAAGCUAUCUCUGGUACUCCUACAGCAGGUCCCGUAACUCCGAAACAUUUGAAUUUCCCGUCAGAGUCCGGGGAGCGGACGGCAAGGCCUCGAUGAGCACGCUGACCGUGCCCCUGCUCCCCAAGGAUGAGGUCGAGAGACGAAUCAAAGAAAACGCAGUCGUGGAGACCAUUGCCUCGCAAGGCAAUAUUAGCUGGAAACAUGCGACAGUCUCUUUGGCGUCCAACGAUCCUAUCGAAGACGCCAGUACGAAUGGCGUAAUUCCGAGGGAUACCAUAUCCCGAGGAUCAGUCGGCGACUUCUUGUUCUUCGCUGUCAUGGACGGACAUUCAGGUCCAUACACCUCGCGCUUGCUUUCCAGGACCCUGAUACCAGCGGUCACGCUGGAGCUGAAGACGAUGGUUAUAGACGACCCGAACAACAAGGCUCCCACUAGCUUCCUGGAAAGCCUAAAAGCUCUACUUUGGCCCGUUCCAUCUUCAGCAGUACCACCCGACUCCGACCCCGAAAAAGUGACAGCAGCUAUCGAACGGGCGUUCGUAAACCUGGACUCAGAGCUGAUAAAUGCGCCGUUACGUGUGUUGGCCGCGAGCAUAGAUCGGACUAAUAGGGAAAAGAAAACCUUGCCCGAUCUUAGCCAACAUCCCAUGGCCCUCGCGACCUUACGUCCGGCUCUCUCAGGAAGUUGUGCUCUUGCAGCCUUGUUAGACACCGCACACAAGAGGCUAUACGUAGCAUGCACUGGAGACAGCCGCGCGGUUGCUGGCGUUUGGGAAGACAACAACGACGGUACGGGCUACUGGCGUGUCGAAGCUCUUUCCGAAGAUCAGACAGGACGAAACCCCAAGGAACUAGAGAGGAUGCGCUCAGAGCACCCUCAAGAUGAAGCCGAGGAUGUCAUCCGGAACGGUCGCGUCCUUGGAGGACUGGAGCCCACAAGGGCUUUCGGCGAUGCGCGAUACAAAUGGCCACGGGAAAUUCAGCAAGUGCUGAAACAGUCGUUCAUGCCUGACAAUGACGAGAUGCGAGGACCAUCCCCUCGCCUCAAAACACCGCCUUAUGUCACAUCCCGACCAGUCGUGACCCAAACCCCCAUAUCACUUCCAUCGCCCGACCUCGAAACGAAGCCGAAGUCAACCUUCCGCUUCGUCAUCCUGGCAACAGACGGGCUUUGGGAUAGGAUAUCAUCAGAAGACGCUGUGGCUCUUGUUGGAGGCUACCUGUCAGGGUUGAAGGGCUCGAUACCCAAGGUGACUCUUCCAUCACUGGUGCCUACUGUGAGCGGUGCGGCCACCGUCAAUGGGAAAGCCCAAGCACCAAAGCAAGUUCCAGGGGAGUGGACAUUCGUUGAUGAUCAUGUUGGCGCACAUCUACUCAGAAACGCCUUGGCUGGUGCGAACGAGAUGGCGCUAAGACAGCUGUUGAGUAUACCCGCACCACACUCCAGACGGUAUCGAGACGACAUCACUGUCACCGUAAUUUACUGGGAGGAGCGACCAGAGACUACAGAGACAGGGCCCGUGAAGGCUAAAUUAUGA